AGUGGAAUUGAAAAACCCACAAAAAGAAGAAAAAAGAAACGCUCACUAGCCAUGAAGGUUCCGUACAACACAAUCUGUAGACUCUGUUAGACCCAUUGUCAAAAGGGUUUCAAAAUCAAAGUUCAGGUUUAGCAUAUAAUCUCUCAUUUUCUCUUAAAAAGGUGCCACCUUUAAAAGCUUCGUGCUUUUCUUGUUCUUUUUGUUUUUUAGCACUUUCUUUGAGAAAUGACUGUUUGGUUUCUUAGAAAAUGUGGGAAAAGAAGCUAAAGUUUUGAACUUUAUGAUGUUUCGUUUUUUAAAAAUGGGGUCUUUUGUUAAGGCUACUAAUGUAACCAUUUUAUUUAGGAGUUUCUUAUGUUUUGUUAUGUAGUUCUUUGGAUGUUCAAAAAAAUGGUAAUACCGAGGAUUUGCUUCGUUAAUGAGUGAAAGGGGGGAAAGCAAGUUUCCUGAGAUGUGUUUGUUACUUAAAGCAUAAUUUAUUUCUUGCCCGAUUAAAUUCUGAAGCCAGCUGAGGAUUCAAGGUUAACUUUGAUGCUCUGUGUAGUUUCUUUGUAUUCAUAUAUUUUUUUGUAUGAUUAUGCAUUAACAGCGUUCUUGGUGUCUUUCAUGAAUGUGUAUGAUAAUGAGACGGUCUGUUCUUGAAUUGGCUGUUUAAAGUUACUGAGUUGGCUGUAUGCGUGAAGACUUGAACAUUAUAAACCCAUCAUUGUCUGUUUCAUUUAAAGCACUAUUUUUAAUGCUUGAACAUUAUAACUCGAUUUGACAUUUGUAGCUGGGGACUUUGGUUAACCUUGCUUGUUACAUGUUUGUUGACAUUCCUAUGCGGUUAAACGGGCCCGUCUUUAUGUUCUUUUCUCGGAAAAUAUUUCCAGCAGGGAACCUUUACCUUUCUUUCCAAGGAAAAUAUUGAUCAUUAUGGUGCUAAAGAACUAUUUUACGGCGUCUAAACCUGGUUGCAUGCUAGACUUUAUACACGUUGAGGCAUUGCUAUUUCUAAAACAAGUGGAGCUAAGGGACAUAGGGAACUUAAAAUAGAUACAAUGCCUACAUAAAAUGGUUUAAUAUCCCUUGAUUGAAAUUCAUCCAGGUCUGAGCAGUUUGACUCUAUGCGUGUAUUAGUUCUGGUGUAUAUGCUCUUUGCUAGGUGUGUGAGCAUGAAUUACUGUAUGUUUGUUGCAUCUGAAUUUUCUUUUGAUAUUUGUCUUUUGAAUGUGAGAAUUUAAUCAAGAUUUCUAUUUUACUCUAAAAGCUUCAAGGGAAUAGCAAUGGCUUUACAAGCUUACUUGGACAACUACCUGUUGGCACUGAGCUCCUUGGACUCGAGUCAGGUGACCACAGACUUGGUAAAGUCUUCAAAUUCUGAGAACAUACUACAAAGAGGUCAAAUCCACGCUGCACUAGGUUGUUGCUCAAAUGCAUCAUCUGGAAAAUUUCCAGGAUCUUUAAUCAAGAUUCCAGAUUUGAAUGUGGCCGAAGUAUCCGAGGAUAGGGAAAAAACUAUUUUAAAUAGUAUUACUAACUUAGAAUCGAGUCUUGCAGCAAGUUUUUUAGCUACUGGGUCCAAUUCAGCUGUUCCAAAAGGUCUCCAGUUACAAGGAAGCGCUUCUACUGACACGGAUCAUCUUGAUUUAUCCACAUUCCCCCUCUUGAUGUCACCUAAUUUAAGUAAUUUUGGAUCUUCCACUGCCUGCUACUCGAUAGCAGAGGAAGAUGUCCAUCUAGGCCAAAAUAGGCUACAAAUUCAGAAAAGGAAACGUCAACAAGGAGAUAUACGUACCACAUUUCAGUCUGAAUUGCAAAAGAGUCUAGAUUCACUUCUUGAUUUCAAAAGAGAGGGGCUUUCCUCUUCACCUCAGCUACAUAAGAAAAUCAGAUUAGACAAUCAGAAAAAUGCUAUUCUACAAGAGAAUAUUAUUCAGCAGCUACUGCCAAGCCAGGAUUCAGUGCAACUGCAAGCUUCACGCCCAACUCUACAUGCAUUAGUCCCACAGAAUAAGUUAGGGAAUCAAAAGCAGCAGGAUACUUUGCAGUCAACUCUUCAAUUGCUGGGAGUUAAUAUGAAGCAGCAGCAGCAGCGACAAAUGAGGGACUACCUGCAAAGUCUGGCCUUGCCACGAGUCCAAUCUAUGCUUUCAUUCAAUGCUAAUGUAUGUUCACGCAGGCUAAUGCAAUACAUGUAUCAUCAGCGGCAACGACCUCCUUGGUAUUUCUUAUUGGAGAAAAUUUGUUGCAGAGUAUUAUGCUCCUUGUGCUAAGAAACGGUGGUGUUUGUCUUCAUGUGAUAGUGCCAGACUUCAUGCCAUAGGUGUAUUCUCCCAGGGUACAUGGCAUUGUGA